AUGUGCAUGCGAGAUUGGGUCUCUUUGGACGCAGCUUCCCUUCACUUUGUGUCGAAGCAGAAUACGGUCGACAUGGCUUUGCUUCUGACCCGCGCUGGGCCGAAGUAUGUCCUCAAGCAGCAUACAGCCCAGGCACUCCGAAUCAACAAGAUGCUCUACAUUAGCAAUGACUUUGCGGACUUGGUGUUGGCCAAAGCCAUCAAGCACAGAGGCAAGAUCCACAGCAUGUUCAAUGACAUCACUACUGAGUGGGUUUGUCAAGGUAGUCCUUGUGCUUGGCUUGGGUGUCGCCGAGGGGACACACGCCAGGCCGUCUUUGAGCAGGUCAUGGCUUUGAAGCCUGUGCAGGCCCUGCGAACUGCUUUGAUAGCAACUGCCACCGUGCAUGCGGAGUGGGUGGUUUGCAGUCAUGAUGCGACCUACCAAGUCCUUUUCAGCGCCAUCGGACAAAUGCCCAUGCAGCAGAAAGAAGGAGAAUUCCAUGCUUUGCAUACCUUCCUUGGCCGGUCUGGAGCUGUGCUCCCACAUGAUGCCCGCAUGACAGUGAAGUAUAUGUUCUCUGACAAUCCUGCUUCCGUGGAAGGUUCCACUGAUGUCUUGCCAAACCUGGAAGCUGUUGCAGAAGAUGCCUUGCACUUGGUGUUGCGAGUGGAAGCUUGCACUGGUGAGAAGCGGACGGCCUUGUCAUCGAACCUACUCCGGAUUAUGCUGCGCUUUCGCUUGCCAUGUGCUGGAUCCUUCUUCCAUGGUGGCACUGAUGGAGAUGAUGAGCAUGAUGCAGGACAGUGGUCAGAUGGAGUUGCCAAAGAUGGUGUGCCAGCGGACUGGGAUUGGGAUGCCCGGGUGACAAAGCCGUACUCCGGCCACCAGGAAUUCAUCAAUGACAUCGAAGUGCUUUGUGCCCAACACUUGGACCAAAUGAAGCGAAAGGAUAAGAAGGGGCGUACAAUCCAGCAGGUCUUGAAAGCCGGCACGUCUUACACGCACUUCAGGUACCUGUGGAACGGUUCCCACAUCAUAGCAGCCCUUCACCAAGCCAUGCCCCCGAAGGAAGUGGAGCUCCUUAGCUUUGGCACGUGCAGCAAUGAGGCUUUGCACUUUCAGCUCAAAGUCUGUCAAGAGCAAAUCAUCCAGCAGCACAUCCAAACAUUUCCUCCGCAGUUGGAAGCAUUUAGCUUAGCAAAGCUCUUGGCGCAUCAUUCGGCCGCUUACUCUCCAACCUUGGCACAAAGAAAAGAAUCUGAGAUCUUAAGCCUCAUGCAAGGUUGGCUGACCAAAGGCUUUCUCCCGCCGCUUGAAGAGGGGCGCAUCCAGCCAACACUUUCCAGAGAGGACUUGCGCAGACCUGUGCAUCAAUUGGACCCGCAGAAGGUGGCCAUCAGAAAGGACAAGGCAAGGGAGAAAGCAAAGCAAUGGAGCAAGGAAGUCCAGAACAGGAAGCUCAAGCAUCCGCAAAGCCGUCUGCAAAAGCCCGUCUGCAAACGCACCGUCUUUACCCAGAAGAAGCUUCUUGACUGCAAACAUCCACAUGUAGGCUUUGUUGCGCAAGCUGAGCAACAAUUAGUGCAUGGUACACAUGCGGCAGAUCAAAGUUCUGUAGCGCUACAACACCCAACGAUGGUCAAACUUAGGGCUUUGUCCAACCAGCUAUUUCUCCUCUGA